AUGAUUCCGAAUCUUCCGAAUCUAAUAUUCUUAUUUUCUCUAUGUCUUGGGUUUCUUAUUCAAAGUUCCCUUUGCAAGUGAGUAAUAAGCUUGAAAAUUUUAAUUAAAAUAAUCAAAAAUGUUUUGCAGAACUCAACCAAUCGAUCCUUCAACAAGUUCAAACUACAAACAAAUUACUGUAGAACACUAUGAUCUCGAUUGGAAGAUCAAUUUUGAAAAAACAAAAAUCGAAGGAAGUGUCGUGAUUUCGCUAAAAGCUUUAAAGCCUACAAAUCAAGUGGUAAUCUUUAAUUUUUGAAAAAAAAUUGGACUCUAAAUAUAUGAAUUCCAGAUUUUUGACACACGCGAUCUGGAGUUCUACAAAAUUCAAGAAAAUGGUACAAAUCAGGAGCUCAGCUAUGAAAUUAUUGAAAAUGGUAUUUUCGGGCAGAAGCUUCGGAUAACAACAAAGAAUUUAGAGGAAGGAGAGAAAAUGUGAGGAAAUUAUGGGACCAGAAAAAUAUUUUUGAUCUACUUUUUUUUUGCAGAACUCUAAAAAUAGUCUACUCUUCAAGUCAAAAUGCGGUGGCUGUGCAAUUUCUGACAGCCGAGCAAACCACCGAUGGAAAAGCUCCCUAUCUUUUUUCUCAAUGUCAAGAGAUCAAUGCACGAUCUAUUUUGCCGUGUAUGGAUACGCCUUCGGUGAAAAGUAGUUAUACAGCUAAGGUUUCUGUGCCAAAAGGUCUAACCUGUUUGAUGUCGGCUGUGAGAACUGGAAACAGCACUUCCGAAAAUUCUGACAUCUUUGAAUACCAUCAGAAAGUUCCAAUUCCCACGUAUCUUCUAGCCAUAGUUGUGGGCAAAUUGGAAUCGAGAAAGAUCAGUGAUCGAAUCGAUGUUUGGGCGGAGCCAUCGAAAGUCGCAGCCGCGCAAUAUGAAUUCGCGGAAACCGAAAAGCUCUUGAGAAUCGCUGAAGAUCUAGCCGGUCCCUAUAUUUGGGGUCGAUAUGAUCUGAUGAUUUUGCCGGAAUCUUUUCCAUUUGGUGGAAUGGAGAACCCUUGCUUAACAUUUGUCACAUCGCAGGCUGUGGUGGGUGACAGAAGUAUGGUGAAUAUAAUUGCUCAUGAGAUUGCUCAUAGUUGGACGGGGAAUCUGGCGACAAUGGUUUCGUGGGAACAUUUUUGGUUGAAUGAGGGAUUUACGACGUUUUUGGAGAGGAAAAUAUUGGGGAGGAUGAAUGGGGAGAAAUCGAGACAAUUCAAGAUGCAGCUGGGUUUUGAGGUUUCGAAUUUUUAAUUGGGCCCGAAAAAUCUAAUCUCGGGGCCUUUACUGACUUGGCCGCUUUGGAAGCCUGGCGCGCUCGAUAUUCAGCCUAGGCUUGAGCUCAACCUUAGGCUUAGGUUAGGCUUAAGUUAGGCUAAGGUUCAAUUUAUUAUAGACCAAUUAUAGUGAUCAUUUUUCAAAUCCGAUUUUUGAAUAUCAAAAUUUUUACAAACGUAUUUUUCCGGGGAAAUUUGAAAUCUACAUUUGCUUUAUAAUAGAAUUUGGCACAUCUUUGCAGAAGUCAUAGAAAAUUUUAAUUUGGAAUAGUUAUGACGUGGCAGGCUUAGGCUUAGGUUUAAAUCUAGUUCUGGCAAAAUUCUGGCCUUCAGCCUAGGCCUAGCCUAAUUCUAAUAGAUUCAGAGCAGAAUCAGAUUGCAAAAAAUUUUCCCAAAAACGUUUUUUUUUUUGCAGAAUGAUCUAACCACUGAAGUCAAAGAUAUGGGUGAACUCUCCGAGCACACAAAACUUGUUCAAAACUUAUCAGGAAUCGAUCCCCAUGAAGCUCUAACUUCUGUUCCCUAUGAAAAAGGUGGUGCUCUACUUUUCACCCUAGAGCAAAAACUAAACGAUGUGCCAAGAUUCGAGCAAUUUUUGAGAAACUAUAUUCAAGAAUUCUCCAACACACCAGUGUCUUCUGAAGACUUCAAAGAGUUUCUCUACAAAAGUUAUGCGGAUAAAAAAGAUGUUUUGGAUAAUGUGAUUGAUUGGGAUCUGUGGUUUAAUAAACCUGGAUUGCCACCAAAACCAGAUUAUGAUACAAGUUUGAAUGAUGAGAGUUUGGGGAUUGCUAAGAAAUGGACGGAAGAUGAGAAGAUUCCAAAACACACGAGGAGUACUUUCUUGAAAAUGACAGCAGAUCAGAAAAAUGCAGUGAUUGAUGAGAUAAAAAGAACCUAUGAGAAGCCUAAUUGUCAGAAAUAUUUUAAUAUUAAUAAGGUGAGUGGAAGAAUUUUUUCUGGGCCUAUUUUCAGGCCCCUUCAUUUUGAGCCCUGUUCUUAGGCCCCAUUUUUAGGCUUGCCUUCUAACCCAGGCCCUAUAUACCCCUCAAAAAUUCCCAUCCCAAAAAAACUCACAUCUAAAUCGAUCCUCCUCUCGAAUUGAAUUCGGUCCCAUUUCUUCUUUGUUUUCUCCAGAAUCUUCCAGAAGCCUCCUGCAAUUUCUUGAUUUAAUUAAAUUCAGAAAUAAGAAGAAAUGAGAGGAAACGUGACACGUUGCAAAUUUCACGUGCAAAAAUAACAAUUAAAAUUUUGCAGUUCCGAGCCAUCACCAAGAUCUAUCACCUAGACACCAAUAAAUCACCUCUAAUCAAAUUCAGCUGGCUCAUGUUGGGACUUGCCCUGAACUAUGAGCCGAUUAUUCAACCAAGUUUAGAUUAUGUUAGUCAAACUGGCAAUAUUUACUACUCGAGUACAAUUUAUAAGUGAGUAAAAAUCACGGAAUUUCGAAAAAAUGGUGUGAUUUUCUUCAGAAAGCUUUUCGGAUGGGCGAAAUCGAAAGAUUUGGCGAUUCAAACUUUCAAUCAAAAUGUUCCGAAGAUGAAUCCACUUACAGUAAAUGCUAUCAGAAAAAUCAUGCCGAAAACUGAAUUAUGA